UUUGUUAUUUCUCUUUUGUAGUGGUUGCAAGUAGACAAGCAUGAACUCUGCUACCACUCUUUAACUGCCCAAUUAUUAUUUCUGGUAGGACAGUGGUGCUCCAGCAUUCAGAAAAUGUCGAAAUUGAAGUGUACACCUUGUAGAUAGACACUUACGAAGCUAGUUUUACAACGCUGGCUUCAGGAAAUUAGUUGCGCAAGUAGUGUCUCCCUGUGAGCUACAUAUAAAAAAUUCUUACAAUUCGUCUGAUACUCUGAAUGCUCCCUUAAUAGACAUUCGUACUGUAUAGUUUUGCUCAAUGAUCUUCGGUUUUACUUCGUGAAAUAUCAUUAACUGUGCAGUCAAGUUCAGAAACCAAUGAAAGCGUUGUGUUGGCAGAACUGUGUGGCUCAAAAUUCAACUUGCAACGGUCGAAUGUUUUGGUUGUAAACGAAUGAAAUUUUGUUUCCAAGUGUUCAGAAGUAGCGAAUAAGAUUAGACGUCUGUACAUUUGUCAUUAUAAAGAUGAUAGUGAUUUUCAAGUGCACAUAAUGAUAUUAAAGUGCAACUGGCCAGUGACAGUUUCACCAAGUGAUAUACUCGGAGAUGGUUCUGUCACGUUGAUUCAAUUUGCGUACUUACCCGCUGUUUAUUAGGUAGUUUUGACGAUAACAGGUGUGAAAAUUGUUAAGAAUUACACGCCUGACAUCCUGUGAAUUUUGCUAACGAUGAUCCGGAAAAUUUCUGCUGCGAAUGACGUCGACGCAGUUUAUUUAGAUAGGGCAUCAUAUCUGGAGUCAAGAUUGAUGGGAAGGCCCAUAUGCCGGGUGAAUCCAAAGAACAUACUUCCUCUUUUGGAGGAAUCUGAGAAGGAAAGUUUUCCAAAAGUGUAUCUGAGAAUAAAACCAAGUGGAAACUGCAGUGAUGCAUCAAAAUUCACUGUAACUGAUGAAAUUACAUUAACAGCAGAUGUUUCCUCUGAAUCUGUUGUAAAUUGUAGCCUUAAGUCAGUGGGUAAUACUGUUAAACACCAAUACAAAUUUUCAAAAAUUUUUGGUCCUAAAUCAACUCAAAAGCAGUUGUUCAGAGAGACAUGUUUACAACCAUUAAAAUGUUUCCUAAGAGGAGAGAACUGUCUACUAUUUGCAUAUGGGGCAACUAAUGCUGGAAAAACCUAUACUAUACAGGGGACAACUGAGAAUCCUGGAAUCAUACCACAAUCAAUAAACAUGAUAUUUAGUGCUCUUAAAGGAAGAUUGUGUACUGACUGCCAGUAUAAGCCAUACAGACUGGAAAAUGUGAUUUGCCUGGAUGAAGCAAAGCAGCAAGAGGAACUCAGUGUUAGGGAUCAUUUGCUUGGAUGUACAGUGCCACUUAAUAAUUUGUAUCCCAUGGAGUCAGCUGUUAUUAGCAAUUUAAAAACAAAUGUAGACUUCAGUUCCCCAUCAUUUCAGGCUAUGAAAUCACAUUUGGACGAGGUUAUUCUGAACCUAGAAGAUGAGAAGAGUGUAACAUUCAGCUUGUGGGUAUCCUUCUACGAGAUACAUAAUGAAGUAAUAUAUGACCUAUUGGACAUUUCAAGUGGCUGUGAUGUAAAAAGGAAGCAACUUUCUUUAGGAUAUGUGAAUGGUUUGGCGUAUAUUAAAGACAUUCACCAAGUUUAUGUGUCAUCACCAGAUGAAGCUUACCGGAUAUAUUUAACUGGGAAAAAUAAUUUGCAGAAAGCUGCCACAGCAUUAAAUACAGAUUCUAGCAGAUCUCACUGUGUGUUUUCUAUAAAAAUGGUGCGUGUAUUGAAUUCAGAGAACCCUCACCCAGUGAAAGUAAGUGUUUUUUCUUGUGUCGAUUUAGCAGGUACAGAAAGAGUGAAAAAAACUCUUAAUGUAGGAAAUCGGUUAAGAGAAUCUCAAAAUAUAAACACGUCUCUGUAUGUGUUAGGUAGAUGUCUGUCGAUUAUUAGGGAUAAUCAGAGGUCACAACGAAAAAUGAGGGUGCCAUUUAGAGAUUCAAAACUGACGCAGGUAUUCCAGUACGCAUUGACUGGAAAUCAAGGCAUUGCAAUGAUAGUAAACAUUACUUUUGAUCCAGUGAUGUAUCUUGAAACAGUUAACGUUUUAAAGUUUUCUGCACUUGCAAGGCAAAUUUUAGUUGAACCACAAAAUACUUCAUAUUUGAAUUCUACGAGUAUGCUGAGUAGUAAAGCUAGCCUGAUGAAGUGCAAUGACACACUUACUGCAUCUUUUGUGACUCAGGUAAAUGACUGCAACCAUUUACCGAUUAUCAAGAAGUUGCAACAGCAGCUAGAAAGGGAAUGUGAAAGUAGCAGAGAACUUGCAAGGCAGUUGGAGACUGAAAAACAGCGAGCCAGGGAGAUUGAUGCCCAUGUGCGUGAAGAACUUACAGCAGAAUUUUCUUUGUUACUGCAGAGAACUGAAGAUUUCUGGCAGAAACAAGUGAAGUCUGCUACUGAGGAUGAAGUAGACAUGGGGAACUUUCGCAUACAACAGUUAACAGAUUUUUAUGAAAAGAAAUUGAAGAAUGCACAAGAUGAAGUGAAACUCUUGCAUGCGCAACUGAAAGAAACAAAAAAAUCAUUCAAACAAGAAAUAGACCUAUUAAAAUCACAACUUGAAGUUCAGAACACAGAUGGAGGAGAUUUGCUUGAUACUUUAAGGAAGCAAUUGGCAGCACUAACAAAGGAACUUCAUAAUAAAAAUGUGGAAAAUCAAGUGUUAACUGAUAAGAUUGAAGAGGCAAAAGAGGAUUUCAUUAUGUUGGAAGAAAACAGGAAAUCUCUUCUGCAAGAGCUGGUUAUGGACAAUAGCUCAUUAGUUGAAAGAAUUGGUUCACAUGUUUCUCAUCAUGGUGAUGUUGACAGUUCUGAUGAUGUUGAUGAUUGUGAUGUAAAGACAGAAAUGACUGAAGAGGAAAAUGACAGCUUGGAACAAAACUCAAUAGACUCAAUAGAAGCAUGUGAUGUAAUUAGUCAGGAUGACAGUGAUAUUGUGAUAAUUGAUGACUAAUAGUGAGAAGGGUAAAUAUUGUUUGUAAAAUAGUUGUGGAACAGAUGUUUUUAUGCUUUUACAGAACUGAGAAUAUAGACUUUCUUUCUGGGAGCUUAUCUUAUCUGUGACUUACUUCUGUAUUCUUUCAGAUUUACAUAUGUAAGAUCAGUUUUAGUAUACACAUACUAUUCUUUUGUAACAUUCACUUGGUUUCAGUUAAGUUCAUUCCUUACAUUGACUGUACAUAAAUGUAAAUAGACACUAGCAUUUUACUUUGUACAAAACGCUGAAAGGAGUUGCUGUAAAAUAUGGACAUAAAAUCUGUGUUGCUUGUAUUAAAUAAGGUAUGUAUUUCGAGUAGUAUACUUGUAAGCAGUUUUUAUUGUCGGUGCAAAUGUUUGUAUUGUGUUGCCACUGUAGUUGGAAUCCAGAGUUAAUGUUGUGACUUUCCAACAAAAAAAGUUUUGUAAGAAACUAUUUCCAUAAUAUUGUAAAGUUAUUGGAUGAUGACAAAAAUUACUGUAGUUUGUGAUGUUGAUUUCUACCAGCAUUAAUUUCUCAUCAGAUAGUUGGAAAAAAAUCUUGCUCUCUUUCUCUGUAGCUAAUCUACCAGUGCAGCAAUAAAUAUAUAUAUUUAAUUUUAAAAUUCUUUUCUAUUAAUUGAUGGUUUCAUCAGGCUAUAAAGUGCAUAGUUGAAUGUUUUGAAAAGUUUCAUUGAAAGACAGAAAUAAAUUAAGUGAUUAGAUGGAAAAUCCUUGUAAUUUUUCAGCAAAAACCUCUGUGUUAUUGUAUUUAGACUGGGGAUCUCAGCUAGAAUAUGGAGACCACAUCAGAUGUGAGGAAAAAACUUCAGGACCUGUGCAACAAUGUGUUGUGAAGCCAGUCUUUCAAGAAAAGUAUCUAUAUAAUCCACAGAAUGCUUUAUAAAGAAUCACAAAAUUAGGUGACAUUAGAGUUCUUACAGAUAACACAACAGUGAAAGGCUGUAAGGCAUUGUGAGGGAUUCUUGUACAAAAUAAAAAAAUAUGCCAUAAAGAAACCUUUAAACCUAGAUUUGGAAAUUGUGUUUUCCACCUACACUUUGUAGAUCUCGUAAAAACCUCUUGCAAAUCAAACUUGCGUAAUAGUGCCUACAUUUCUAUGCAAUGGUUAAGUGUUACCCAAAUGAAAAUAGUAGAAUCAGUAAACAGUGUAGUUCCUUUUUUUCAUCCAGGGAUCUUAUCACAGUGAUACAGAAAUUGUCAACAUAAUACAAUAAAAGUCAAUAGCUCGAAAUAUACAAUACACCAAGUACACAACAUGCUUUGAGGAUAGGACAUGUGACUAGUCAUUGCCUUGACUAAGGAGAUAUCCUGGCAUCUGUCUAAAUGAUACAGGAAGAAAAUCCAAAAAUCAGGAUGACUAGAUGUAGCAACUCUGUUCUCCAGAAUCUGAGCCCAGCAUAUUAACUGCUGUACUGCCCCAUUCAGUUGGUCCCUGUUGUACAGUGUUUCUUGAUUUACACAUAAUUUGUUUCAGGCAAUUUAUAAUAUAAAUCUCAAUUCUGUUCUUAAUUGCCGAACACACUGUUGUCAACAUAAUACAAUAAAAGUCAGUGAAGAUGCUGUGGUGCCCCUUGUACAUCUCCAGCAGACUCCCAUGCCCACACACAUUCAACUACACUCCUCAGUUUGCCUCAAAAGCUGAGUCAGCAUCCCCUCAAGAUGAGUGAGAUGUUGAACUCGGGACAUGACAAGACAUUAUUACUGUUGUAAAGUCCAAACUGUUGCUUGUUCCAUGAUUAUGUAUAAAACUAUUAGUGACAAACUUGGCACUAUUUUCCCUUAUAUCCACCACAGUUUGAUAGUUGUACUCGACUGGCACAGUCAGGAUGCUCUUUACAGAGUGUGAAACUUCUACCAAUUAUUCUUACAGCUCUUUUCUACAGUUAAAAACUGUCUAUUUUGUGCCUUCAUUCUCCAGAAAACAAUCCCACACAUGAAGGCACUGUACGUAACCACAAGAUGUUAGCAGCUGGCAAUGUUCACACCUAGAAAAUUUGUUUAUUAAGCAAUAUCUAGAUUUAUCAUCUAUGCUUAAUGUGUGUUGUUCUCAUUCUUUAUGCUGAAAUGCAUACUGUUUUUUAUGUUCAGUGGUAACUUAUUACAUACUGCCUAAUCAGAAUAGAACUUUUUAUCCAUGUCUUGUGCUGUCUAGAAGUUCACUGAUAUAUCAACAACAGAAGUGGAUCAAGACACUACCCCUAGAAACACCUGUUCCUAUCAUUUUUGUGAAACUUGUAAUGGCCAGCAAAGGCAGUAGUGUAAUUACAUUUCUUUAGCAAGGGUGAUGCACCAGGCACUCCAGAAAAAUCUUUAACUAAAGUACUCGUGUAUGUUGUUUGUUAAUGAGACGUGCACCCGAUCUAUGCGUGACUUCAUAACAAAUUGGAACCUUACCUAUGCCUUCAGUCUUAUUUAUUAAUUGUAUUGUCUUCCUGACUUCUUGCUCUGUUGUGGGAAACAUUGUACUGUUUUCUAAGUCACUGUGAGUUAUAGGAAGUUUUUGCUGUAACUUCUCUGCAGUCCCAGAGAAAUAAUCAUUUACAAAAUUUGAUAAUUCCUGAGGAUUUUCUAUUAUUGUUUCAAUGUUUGAUUUUUUACUUGGCUUUUACAGUUUCUUGUCUUAUAACAUUCCACACCUAUUUUCUUUUGGGCAAUAUCCUGUACUACUUUUAUUUUUUGCAUUUUAUGUCAUUGAAUGUUGUUUUUGCAACAGGCAGUGCCCUCCUGUAUAUUUUUUAAUCUGUGAUAAUAAGUUAGGAACUGUAAAUUAGUGUAGUAUUAUUGUAACGAAUUUAGAAAUUUUAGUAUCUGGGAGGAUGUUCUAAUACCUGCAGUUAUCAGUCUAUUUACCGUAUCUGCUGCUGUCGAAAUAGCUACUUUUCAAUAUGUCUCCUCAAAAAUUCUUGUAAACAUCAUUCAGAAGUUAGAGAAUUAACAUCUAAUUGUUUUCCAUAUACACUUGAUCCCAGAUUUAAUUUGCCAGUGCCCUAGGAAAUGUGUGUAUUUUACUUCCGAGAAAGAUCUUUUGUAGCCUUGCGGGUUUUACCAAGCCUGUCUUUAGCUUUAUUGUCAAACAGUAAUGAUCCAAAAGACCAAGAUCUGUUAUAAAUACUUUGCAAAUUUCCCUGUCAGUAUCUCUAAGACAGUGUUCUAAAACUGAUGUUGAACUUUUCGAUGCAAUCGUAGCAGUGUAUACCAUUUGUACCUCGCCAAAGCUACUAAAAAUGUUUAGGAUGUUAUCAUUAAUUUUGCCCUCAACACCGUUGUUAAUAUUCAUGUGUCCAUUUAUUAUGUUACGUUUGGGGAUUGAGACUGUUUUUAGAACUUCAGUUAAUGUGUGAAAGAAAUUGUCCACAUUAAAAGUAGGUGAGUGGUGUCCUGGUUUGGUUACUUCAUUGGCUGCCUAUUCAAAAUGUUUAUCUACGCUAAUUGUGACCAAAUCACCUCUGUAGCUUUAACCCUUACUGCACUGCUUUGCGUAUUUGCAAAGCAGAGAUCGAACUGGAUUUAAUCUGCUCUCAGAAUUCGAUAUUGUGAGUUGCUUUGGUUAUUUGAAGUGGUUCAGCUUUAAGUAGGUAUUUGUAAAUAUGGCCACAGACAAGCAAUUUCACAGAUAUGCAAUGUUACAAAAAAUUGACAUAUUUUAAACAUUUUUCCUGUAGUCUUAGGCCAAUCCUCCCCAUGAAAAUAAUUAUUAACAAUAGUUUAUAAGAAAAGUGUGGAAAGAGGGCUCAAGAUAUAUGCUACCUGUUAUAUAACUGCAGGAUACCCAUCUGAUACAUAACAGAGCAGUUUGAGGUUUACUGCACCGAUCGAUACCACAACUCUUCCUUCAUUUAGGGCAUGUAAUAGUCCAGAUUUUAAUUAACAGAUUAAUUAUAAUGUGAACACUAUGUUUGCACCAGUAAUUCCAACCUUAUAAAUGAUAUGUGAUGUACAUGAUCUUGAAACAGCAGUGCACUAAACCUACAGAACUCAGUAAAUUGGUAGGAACUUCUGAAACUGUCACAUUCUGUUAUAACUACCAGAUGAUGAAAAUGUUUCAAGGAGCUGAUUUUCAAUUGUCAGCCAAAAUACAUCAGACAUCGCUUAUCUUGUGUAUUGCUACUGUUAAUUCGUAUGAUCUACCUAUCAACAAUUUUCAUAAUAGUUAAGAAAAUUUUGAGUCAUUGUCACUAACUAUAAACAAACAACUAACUUACUUUCUGUUUAAAUGCCAGAACUUCUGGUAACACUGAUGGAAAAGUCUGUUUAAUUGAACAUCAGAAACAUGAUAGGAAUGCUGUACCUAACUUAUUUAUUGUGUAAUUAACAAAAUUGUAAAAAGUAUUGUUUGUGUUGUGUAUUUGAUGUAAUUUUAUGUGAUAAAAAGCUAUCUGCCUAUACGAAUCACAGUAGUAAUUGUAACAUUUCCAUCUGUGUGUUCAGUUAACAAGAUGACAGUUUUUUGUGACUCAUAAAAUUUGUACUAACAAUGAUACUAUUGUCAUGAAAUGUAUAUAAGAGAGGACUUUUUGGAGGUGGAACUCGCUAUGGAUUGGAAGUUUUGUGACACAGCAUCUAUGUCACUGAAUGUAAUAAAUCUGCAAUGAGAAGUA